AGUUGUCGGAGCAGACGGGAGUUUCUCCUUGGGGUCGGAGCAGGAGGCACGCGGAGUGUGAGGCCACGCAUGAGCCGUCGCUAACCCCCCACCCCAGCCGCAAAGAGUCUACAUGUCUAGGGUCUAGACAUGUUCAGCUUUGUGGACCUCCGGCUCCUGCUCCUCUUAGCGGCCACCGCCCUCCUGACGCACGGCCAAACGGAAGGCGAGGUCAACGACCAAGAGGGAGACAUCCCAGGAGUCGACUGCAUACAGAACGGCCUCAGGCGCGCUCAUAACGAUGUCUGGAAACCCACGCCCUGCCAGAUCUGCCUGUGCCACAACGGCGAAGUGAUGUGCGAUGAAGUGGUCUGUCCUAAUGACGCCAAGUGUCCGGGAGGCCAAAUCCCCCCUGGCGAGUGCUGUCCUGUCUGCCCCGACGACGCCGCAUCACCCACGGACCAAGACCUCACAGGAGUUGAGGGACCCAAGGGAGACACUGGCCCCCGCGGCCCAAGGGGACCCGCAGGCCCCCCUGGACGAGAUGGCAUCCCUGGAAAUCCUGGACUUCCCGGGCCUCCCGGACCCCCUGGACCCCCUGGACCCCCUGGCCUUGGAGGAAACUUCGCUUCCCAAAUGUCUUAUGGCUAUGAUGAAAAAUCAGCUGGAGUGUCCGUGCCUGGCCCCAUGGGUCCCUCUGGUCCUCGUGGUCUCCCUGGCCCCCCUGGCGCACCUGGUCCCCAAGGUUUCCAAGGCCCCCCUGGUGAGCCCGGCGAGCCUGGAGCUUCAGGUCCCAUGGGUCCCCGAGGUCCCCCUGGCCCCCCUGGCAAGAACGGAGAUGAUGGUGAAGCUGGCAAACCUGGUCGUCCUGGUGAGCGUGGACCUCCUGGGCCUCAGGGUGCUCGUGGAUUGCCUGGAACAGCUGGCCUCCCUGGAAUGAAGGGACACAGAGGUUUCAGUGGUUUGGAUGGUGCCAAGGGAGAUGCUGGUCCUGCUGGUCCCAAGGGUGAGCCUGGUAGCCCUGGUGAAAAUGGAGCCCCUGGCCAGAUGGGCCCCCGUGGUCUGCCUGGUGAGAGAGGUCGCCCUGGAGCCCCUGGCCCUGCUGGUGCACGUGGAAAUGAUGGUGCUACUGGUGCUGCUGGUCCUCCUGGUCCCACUGGCCCCGCUGGUCCUCCUGGUUUCCCUGGUGCUGUUGGUGCUAAGGGUGAAGCUGGUCCCCAAGGAGCCCGAGGCUCUGAAGGUCCCCAGGGUGUUCGUGGUGAGCCUGGCCCCCCUGGCCCUGCUGGUGCUGCUGGUCCCGCUGGAAACCCUGGUGCUGAUGGACAACCUGGUGCUAAAGGUGCCAAUGGUGCUCCCGGUAUUGCUGGCGCUCCUGGCUUCCCUGGUGCCCGAGGCCCCUCUGGACCCCAGGGCCCCAGCGGUCCUCCUGGUCCCAAGGGUAACAGCGGUGAACCUGGUGCUCCUGGCAACAAAGGAGACACUGGUGCCAAAGGAGAACCCGGCCCCACUGGUGUUCAAGGACCCCCUGGCCCUGCUGGAGAAGAAGGAAAGCGAGGAGCCCGAGGUGAACCUGGACCUGCUGGCCUGCCUGGACCCCCUGGCGAGCGUGGUGGACCUGGUAGCCGUGGUUUCCCUGGUGCAGAUGGUGUCGCUGGUCCCAAGGGUCCUGCUGGUGAACGUGGUUCUCCUGGCCCUGCUGGUCCCAAAGGUUCUCCUGGUGAAGCUGGUCGCCCUGGUGAAGCUGGCCUGCCUGGUGCCAAGGGUCUGACUGGAAGCCCUGGCAGCCCUGGUCCUGAUGGCAAAACUGGCCCCCCUGGUCCCGCUGGUCAAGAUGGUCGUCCUGGACCCCCAGGUCCCCCUGGUGCCCGUGGUCAGGCUGGUGUGAUGGGAUUCCCUGGACCUAAAGGUGCUGCUGGAGAACCUGGCAAAGCUGGAGAGCGUGGUGUUCCUGGACCCCCUGGCGCUGUUGGUCCUGCUGGCAAAGAUGGAGAAGCAGGAGCUCAGGGACCCCCCGGCCCUGCUGGUCCCGCUGGUGAGAGAGGUGAACAAGGUCCUGCUGGCUCCCCUGGAUUCCAGGGUCUCCCUGGCCCCGCUGGUCCUCCCGGUGAAGCAGGCAAACCUGGUGAACAGGGUGUUCCUGGAGAUCUUGGUGCCCCUGGUCCCUCUGGAGCAAGAGGCGAGAGAGGUUUCCCUGGUGAGCGUGGUGUGCAAGGUCCCCCUGGUCCUGCUGGUCCUCGUGGGUCCAACGGUGCUCCUGGCAACGAUGGUGCCAAGGGUGAUGCUGGUGCUCCUGGAGCUCCUGGAAGCCAGGGUGCCCCUGGUCUUCAGGGAAUGCCUGGCGAACGUGGUGCAGCUGGUCUUCCAGGCCCCAAGGGAGACAGAGGUGAUGCUGGUCCCAAAGGUGCUGAUGGUUCUCCUGGCAAAGAUGGCGUCCGUGGUCUGACUGGCCCCAUUGGUCCUCCUGGUCCCGCUGGUGCUCCUGGUGACAAGGGUGAAACUGGUCCCAGCGGCCCUGCUGGCCCCACCGGAGCCCGUGGCGCCCCUGGAGAUCGUGGUGAACCUGGUCCCCCUGGUCCUGCUGGCUUCGCUGGCCCCCCUGGUGCUGAUGGUCAACCUGGUGCUAAAGGUGAACCUGGAGAUGCUGGUGCUAAAGGCGAUGCCGGUCCUCCUGGCCCUGCUGGACCCGCUGGGCCCCCCGGCCCCAUUGGUAACGUUGGUGCUCCUGGACCCAAAGGUGCUCGCGGCAGCGCGGGUCCCCCUGGUGCUACUGGUUUCCCUGGUGCUGCUGGCCGAGUCGGUCCCCCUGGCCCCUCUGGAAAUGCUGGACCCCCUGGUCCUCCUGGCCCUGCUGGCAAAGAAGGCGGCAAAGGUCCCCGUGGUGAGACUGGUCCCGCUGGACGUCCUGGUGAAGUUGGUCCCCCUGGUCCCCCUGGCCCUGCUGGUGAAAAAGGAUCCCCUGGUGCUGACGGACCUGCUGGUGCUCCUGGUACCCCUGGACCUCAGGGUAUUGCUGGACAGCGUGGUGUGGUUGGUCUGCCUGGUCAAAGAGGAGAAAGAGGCUUCCCUGGUCUUCCUGGCCCCUCGGGUGAGCCCGGCAAACAAGGUCCUUCUGGAGCAAGUGGUGAACGUGGCCCCCCUGGCCCCAUGGGACCCCCUGGAUUAGCUGGACCCCCUGGUGAAUCUGGACGUGAGGGAGCUCCUGGUGCUGAAGGAUCCCCUGGUCGAGAUGGCUCUCCUGGCCCCAAGGGUGACCGUGGUGAGACUGGCCCUGCUGGACCCCCUGGUGCUCCUGGUGCUCCUGGUGCUCCCGGCCCCGUUGGCCCUGCUGGCAAGAGUGGCGAUCGUGGUGAGACUGGUCCUGCUGGUCCUGCUGGUCCCAUCGGCCCUGCUGGUGCCCGUGGUCCCGCUGGACCUCAAGGCCCCCGUGGUGACAAGGGUGAGACAGGCGAACAGGGCGACAGAGGCAUAAAGGGUCACCGUGGCUUCUCCGGUCUCCAGGGUCCUCCUGGCCCUCCUGGCUCUCCUGGUGAACAAGGUCCCUCUGGAGCUUCUGGUCCUGCUGGUCCUCGUGGUCCCCCUGGCUCUGCUGGUUCUCCUGGCAAAGAUGGACUCAACGGUCUUCCAGGCCCAAUCGGUCCCCCUGGACCUCGCGGUCGCACUGGUGAUGCUGGUCCUGUUGGUCCCCCCGGCCCUCCUGGACCCCCUGGUCCCCCUGGUCCUCCCAGCGGUGGUUUCGACUUCAGCUUCAUGCCCCAGCCACCUCAAGAGAAGGCUGGUGAUGGCCGCUACUACCGGGCUGAUGAUGCCAAUGUGGUCCGUGACCGUGAUCUUGAAGUGGACACAACCCUCAAGAGCCUGAGCCAGCAGAUCGAGAACAUCCGCAGCCCUGAAGGCAGCCGCAAGAACCCUGCCCGCACCUGCCGGGACCUCAAGAUGUGCCACUCUGACUGGAAGAGUGGAGAGUACUGGAUUGACCCCAACCAAGGCUGCAACCUGGAUGCCAUUAAGGUCUUCUGCAACAUGGAGACAGGUGAGACCUGUGUGUACCCCACCCAGCCCACCGUGGCCCAGAAGAACUGGUACAUCAGCAACAACCACAAGGAAAAGAGGCAUGUCUGGUUCGGCGAGAGCAUGACCGGUGGAUUCCAGUUCGAGUAUGGCAGCGAGGGCUCCGACCCUGCUGAUGUGGCCAUCCAACUGACCUUCCUGCGCCUGAUGUCCACGGAGGCCUCCCAGAACAUCACCUACCACUGCAAGAACAGCGUGGCCUACAUGGACCAGCAGACUGGCAACCUCAAGAAGUCCCUGCUCCUCCAGGGCUCCAACGAAAUCGAACUCCGGGGCGAGGGCAACAGCCGCUUCACCUACAGCACCAUCUAUGACGGCUGCACGAGUCACACCGGAGCCUGGGGCAAGACAAUCAUCGAAUACAAAACCACCAAGACCUCCCGCCUGCCCAUCAUCGAUGUGGCCCCCUUGGACAUUGGCGCCCCAGACCAGGAAUUCGGCAUGGACAUUGGCCCUGCCUGCUUCGUGUAAACUCCCUCCACUCCAACCUGGCUCCCUCCCACCCAGCCCACUUUCUCCCCAUUCUGGAAACAGACAAACAACCCAAACUGAAAUCCCUCCAAAAUUCAAAAAAUGGGAGACAAUUUCACAUGGACUUUGGAAAAUAUUUUUUUUCCUUUGCAUUCAUCUCUCAAACUUAGUUUUUAUCUUUGACCAACUGAACAUGACCAAAAACCAAAAGUGCAUUCAACCUUACCAAAGGGAAAAAAAAAAAAAAGAAUAAAUAAAUAAGUUUUUAAAAAAGGAAGCUUGGUCCACUUGCUUGAAGACCCAUGUGGGGGUAAGUCCUUUUCUGCCCAUUGGGCUUAUGAUACCCCAAGGCUGCCCUUUCUACUCCUUUCUCCACCCCAUCUUGGGGCCUCUCUUCCACUGCUCCCCAUAUCCAGGUCUCCCCCAAAGACACAGAAAACAAUGCAUUGUCUACCCAGCAACCAAAGGCAAUGCGGAAACAUCUAAGUGGCCCUGAGCCCCCAGCCCAUUUCUCCCACCCAGCACCCCCAAACCCUGGGGGGACCUGGGGUUCUCAGACUGCCAAAGGAACCUUACCCUCUGGCAUCCCCUGUCCCCUGCAGCACGCCCCACUUUGUUUUCAAGGGGGCCAUGCGGAGGGGAGCCCCUAGCCCCUCACUGGGUUUGGAGGAGAGUCAGGCAGGGCCACAACAGAACAGAGACAUCAUGCCAAUCUCCCCACGCAUGCGCGCAGGGCUGGGUGGGAGAGAUUGUUCUGUUCCUUGUAACUGUGUUGCUGAAAGACUACCUCGUUCUUGUCUUUGUGUCACCGGGGCAACUGUGUGGGGACAGGGAUGGGGGCAGGGCGGCAGCAGCUCCCCAUUUUAUAUCAAAGGUGCUACAUCUAUGUGAUGGGGUGGGGUGGGGAAGGAAUCUCUGGUGCUAUAGAAGUUGAGAUGCCUCCUAGACCAGCAAAUAUUCCUUUGGCUCAGUCUUUUUUAAUUCUUUGUUCUCAUUCUUUUUCUUUUCCUUUUCUUUUUUUGUGGAUGGGGACUCAUGUGAAUUUUUUUUUUUUCUGACGGUGCUAUUUAACAUGGAGAGAGAGAGCGCCAGGCUCCAGCCUGCUCCCUCUCGCCUUCUCUCCACUGGCUUCUGGGUCUGCCGCUCUCUGACCUGUCCCUCCUCUGAAACCCUCCCCCUUCUGCAGCCGUGCCCCAUCCUCCCCACCUCUCCACUGGUCUGUCCUGCAUCCGGGUUUCAGAGCACAACUUCCCAAAGCACAAAACAGUUUUUCCCAAUAGGGUGGGAGGAAGCAAGGGAGGAAAUGAGACUCUGUACCUAUUUUGUAUGUGUAUAAUAAUUUGAGAUGUUUUUAAUUAUUUUGAUUGCUGGAAUAAAGCAUGUGGAAAUGACCCAAA